CGGACGCUCCGCGCAGCACCGCGAGAAGCGCGCUCCCGCACCCGCACGCGCCGAGGAAGCACCUGUGGCUGCGCGAACGGCACCGGAACCAAAAUCCUCUCUCACUUUUUUCUUUUUUAAACAACACCCUGCAGCUCCACCUGACCGCACCAUCGCCUCACGCCCACACGGCCCACCGUCCAGGGGUCGGGAGGGGGCACCAUGUGGGUUCUGGAUAAGAUCCGCGGCUCGGUGGAGACGGGCGUGCUGCGGCACGGGGAGAACGGCGACAAGAAAGGCACGGCGUCGCCCUACACCAACGUGCUGACGCCCGACAAGAUCCCGGACUUCUUCAUCCCGCCCAAGCUGGUCAGCUGCCCUCCCGAAGCCGAGGCGGCGAAGCCCAAGGAGGACUCGCAGCCUUCGUCGUCGGAACAAACCAUCGGCGGCGGGAGGAAGAUCAGCGUCCCCAAAAGCCCCCGUCUGGUGACCAAGCUGACGGGAGACACUAAGAGCCUGCUGAAGGCAGCCAACCGCCACAUUAUUCAGAUCGAGAGCGCUGACGACGUCGUGGUCGGGGACACCAACGCGGACCCCCAGUCGCAGACCGCCAUGUCGCUCCCCUACGUCCCCAAGACUCAAACAUCUUACGGCUUCACCACGUUGAAGGAGAGCCCUCACACUCGCCGCAAAGAGUCACUCUUCCACUGCGACAUCAGCAGUCCCGUGACCUCCCCAAACAGCCAGAGGAAGACCCCGGGCAAGGGUGACGGGGGCGGCAACCAUCUGAAUCCGGCUGACUUCAACGCCUCCCACAUGAACCCGUACCGCUACUUCAGCGGCGGCGAGAGCGACACCUGCUCGUCGGCCGAGUCGUCGCCCUUCAGCUCGCCGCUGCUGUCCCGUUCCGCCUCGCUGCUCAAGAUCUUCACGCACGAGACGCAGGCCAAGGUGGUGAAGGCCAAGCGCUCCUUCGCCCGCCACAGCUCGCUGUCCACAGACGAGUGCAGCUCAGCCGAGCCCAGCCCCAGCAUCCAGCGCCGCUUGCGCAUCCCGUCCUUCCACUGCGGUGGCGCGCCGGCUUCGGACCACGGCUCUCAGCGGGAGCACACGGUCAACUUGCACAAGGGCGGCAGCGUCCGCAUCAGCGCCCACUACGACGCCGGCACCUCCCGUCUGCGCGUUCGCGUCCUGGCGGCCGAGAGUCUCUACGACAAACACUUUGACAUCAAGAGCAUCAACUGCUGCGUGUCGGUCUACUUGAACCCCGGCAAGAUGCAAAAGCAACGCAGCAACAUCAUCAAGAACAGUCGCAACCCCGUCUUCAACGAGGACUUCUUCUUCGAUGCCGUCGGCCCGCUUCAGGUCAAGAACCUGUCGCUCAAGCUCAAAGUGGUCAACAAAGGUACCAGCCUCAAAAGGAACACCCUGCUGGGGGAGCGGGAGGUCCUGCUAAGCAAGCUGCUCUCGGGGGUCUAGACUUCCAAGAGCAACCAGAAAGCGAGGACCUUUGAAGAGUUCUUUGCACUGCACUUUGGAAUGGUUAAACCUCCCCUUUGGAGGGGUUCUCAAACUUCUUAGGUCCAGGGACGACACCAUACAGUGGACAAAUGUCAAUAACCCUUAAGGAGAGGUCGCUAGAAACCUCAGAUUUUGACACAUUCCACAAAAAGGACACUGUCACGUGUGAUUCCUUGACUUAUGAGUUUAAUCCGUCCCGUGACCAAGCUCGUAACGCCUUUUACUCAACUACCGAAUCACCCAUCCAUCCGUUUUCUAUCUUCGGGCGAGCGGCAAGGUACACCCUGAACUGUUCGCCAGACAAUUGCAGGACUGACAACCAUUUCCACUCAGAUUCAGUCUUCAGUUCACCGUUUUCCUCAUUGAAAUGAAUCAAAAUGGCAUCGAUCUGUUCUAGUCCCCCCUCCAAAAAUUGUUUUACUGAAGAAAAGUAGCACUGCACUGCAAGCGUCUUUUUUUUUGGGGGGGGGGGGGGGGGGGUCAAGACUUCAAAGAGCAACCAGAAACCAAGUCCUCUUCUGACCCUGUAGUGGAAACAAACAUACAGGACAUGACAGCGGUGGCACUGUGGACUUGACGUCGGCGCCCAGUUUGUACAGAAGAUCUUUACAAGUGGACACGAACGGUUACCACCCUCGAGGCAGUGGGUAGCUCGUCCAACUGAGUUAUUUCCUCGGUUCACUUGUUAGCAGGGGUUUGCAUACUUUUUUUUUUUUUUUUUUAGUUCGAGCAAGCCCUUACGGAGACCUUUUCACAAGGACUUAAAAAAAAAACAUUACUUUAUUCAUGCAGCGAUGUCAGAUUUAUGUGAUAAGUCACAAUCGUUUUAGAACUUUAAUUGGCCCACAGCUCAAGUAGUAAAAUAUAAUUGGUUUAUCAUGUUUGAAGGUCACAGGGUAGUGCGUUUGUAUCGAAAUGAUGCCGCAUGAUGUACUGCAACUCAUUUUUUGCGGACCCUGACGCUAUGGUCUGUGGGGAUCGAUUCCCUGGUUCUCAGUUUAAAAACCACUUUUGAAAGGCGCGUGACAUCACGGCAGACGGUGUCGCCUCCACACAACCACCACGGAAACCGCACAGCGAUUUUGUCUGAACAAAAAGACAUUUCUCGUAUCAAAGAUACAAAUACUUGUUUUAGGACCAAUUAAUUGAAAGCGGUGGGGUGGGAAUCGGGCCAAAUGAAGUGAAGGACGCGGAUGAGGCCGUGACGGUGACUGUUUUUUCCAAGGCCCCACUAGCCAAUGUCUCUGCAAGCCAAUUACACGAGGUUGCCAGGUUCAUACUUAACCCCCCCCCCUUGACCCUUUCACCCCCACCCCCUCCCCGUCCACAAUGUACACUACAUUGUGUCGCAUGCUUUGAUUAUGUUUGUAAUGCGACGCUUUGGCCACAAGCCGCCCGUGUCCGUGUACAAAGACGCUUUUGUGAGCACCCCCCUAACCCCCCCUCCCCCCGCUUUUAUGCACCUCCGAGUCCUGAUGUGCAAAUGACGCUUUGAUCCCGGGGGAGGGGAACAAACAAGCCAAAACAAACAAACAGAACUACGAUGCAAGUGGAGAUGUGUCGCAUGGCAUGAACGUAUGCUUGAAAAAAAUGCCCCGUGAAACCCCAAAGCCUUACUGACCGUGGAAACAUAACGUUAGGUACACCUCAUCCAACAACUAGCUAAAAAGAUUUAUUUAACAAUUCUCCAUUUUGAGAUAUUGAUUUAACUAUUUAUGUUCUUUUGGUAGCAUCAAACAUCCAUCCAUCCCUUUUCAACAUCGCUUAUCCCAGUGGGUACGUUGAACCCUAUCCCAGCGGACUUUGGGUCAAGUUUCACUCACUCUAUCAGACAGACUCAUAGAUUGAUUUUUUUCCGUAGGAAAAGGCUCUUUUAUUUUAUUAUUUUGAAUAAUAUAGAGGAGAUAGUUGUCACAUGUAGGACGUUGGCAAGCACUUGCCAGCAAUUCCUGCAGAUGUUUUAGCGUUACUUUGACCGUUCUCGCCGCCGUGAUAAUCUUUCUGUCCUUGACCGUACGUGACUUUUCAUGCAAUUGGUUUUGUGUUGCUCUUGCUAGGUUGUUGGUAUAUUUUAUAUCUAAACCUUAUCCAUCCAUUUAUCCAAAUAGUGGGUCAACCGAAACAUAUCCCAGCUGACUUUGGGCAAGAGUUGGGCCUACUCCUUGGACUGCUUGCCGGUCAGAUUCUGGCCAUAAUUGAACCGAGACCAGUUCAGGUCUGGGCGGCACAGUGGAUCAGCUGGUAAAACGUUGACCUCACAGUUCUGAGGUCCCGGGUUCAAUCCCGCCUGUGUUGCGUUUGCAUGUUCUCCCCGUGCCUGCGUGGGUUUUCCUGGGCACUCCAGUUUCCUCCAGCAUCCCAAAAACAUGCAACAUUAACACACGGACUCUCUAAAUUGCCCCUCGGUGUGAUUGUGAGUGCGGCUGUUUGUCUCGAUGUGCCCUGCGAUUGGUAGGCAACCGGUUCAGGGUGUAAUCCACCUCCUGCCCGCUGACAGCUGGAACAGGCUCCAGCACUCCCGCAACCCUUGUGAGGAUAAGCGGCUAGGAAAAUGGAUGGAUGGACAGUUCACAUCUUGUCUGCUUGGUAAGGCACAGCGGUUGCUUCUACAGGUGUACCUAAUGUUAUGGUCACUGAGUGUGUGUGUGUGUGUGUGUGUUAGCGAGAUGACCCAUGACAGUCAAAAUUAGUUCAUUUUUAAAAAAUGUAAUGCAUGCAUGUUUUUUUUUUUUUUUUUUAAAUCAGUUCGUGCAAGUGCUACAUCGGCAUGGCAACAACCAGCGUUAAGUCUUCAGCCUGUGGAUGUUGGGGCCUCACUCGCAUGCGGUUGCAUCCUUGUGUGCUUUGGACUGUAAAGAUAAAACAGGAAAAAUGGAAAAAAAAAAAAAAAAAAAAAGAGGUGCCCUGCUCUGUGUAGUUUGUAAACUGCUGAUGUGAUUCUGUCCUGCGCAGCAAUGUUUCAUGUUCAGAUUUGUGGUGCAGACAGAAUAAUCGGUGGCGACGGACGGACGGACGGCGGUGGUGAAAAUGUCGGUUGCCGUGUCCGUUUGCCAGGAAUGUCGGGUUUACGCCGCUGGCGUGAUUCCUAAGUGGACUUCUGUUUGACAAGAUACUUGUUGUCUGUCGUUAAGUGAGCCGUUUCACAAAUAAUAAAAACACUUGACCAACCUGAAGUGGACAUUUUGUCAUCGAUCAGUUGCUGUAGUUUUUUUCUCUUGCAGCUACCAGAUGUCAUUAUAACAGCGAGCGGCAACAAUUUUCAUGGCGAGAUAUCGGGAUAAUCGGUUCGUUUUAAUCUGACUCGCAAGAUGUAGGCAAAUGAGUUUCCCUUGCUUUUUGGUCUUCAUUUUUGUAACAUCUUUUUUUUUCUUCUUACAAUAAGUGACACAUUUUU